UGGCAGUUCACCUAAAGAGGCGGGUUAUGCCCCUUCUCUUAUUGAAAAUCAAAAGCUUGUUGAAAACGGAACAAAUAGCCAUUCAAUUGAGGAUAUAUGGCUGCCGAGCGUCGAACACUUGUACAUUGGUUUCGCAAGGGACUCCGUGUUCACGACAAUCCCGCGCUAAUGCAAAUUUUUAAUAAAGCUCGAGCGUCACCCGAUAAGUUUUAUGUCCGACCUAUAUUUGUAUUGGAUCCAGGUAUUUUAGAUUGGAUGCAAGUAGGAGCCAACCGUUGGCGUUUUCUCCAACAAAUUCUAGUCGACUUAGACCAAAACUUAAAAGAACUUAAUUCGCGAUUAUUUGUUAUUCGCGGUAAACCCGUUGAUAUAUUUCCGAACUUAUUCGACCGCUGGCACGUUGAGCUGUUGACAUAUGAAACAGACAUUGAGCCAUACGCUGUAAAACGUGAUGUAGCGGUCCAAAAUAUAGCAGCAGCUCAUGGAGUUACUGUGGAUACCCAUUGCUCACACACCAUAUACAAUCCCGAAGUAGUUAUAGCUAAAAAUUUAGGCCGCGCGCCUGUCACGUAUCAGAAAUUUCUAAGUGUGGUAGAAAAGUUAAAGUUACCCAAGGUUUUAGAUAAACCUGAACGACUGCCUAAAGGAACGCAGCCAAUAGCUGAUGAAUUUGAAGCAGCAGAGCCUGAUGUGUACGACUGUCCAACGUUAGAUCAGUUGGUCAAACGACCCCAGGAGUUGGGCAUUAACAAGUUUCCUGGCGGUGAAACAGAGGCUUUGCGUCGGCUAGAAAAAUCACUUAGUGAUGAACAUUGGGUAGCUAGUUUUGAGAAGCCGAAUACAGCACCAAACUCGCUGGAGCCAAGCACAACGGUGCUAAGUCCAUAUUUGAAGUUUGGUUGCCUUAGCGCCCGGUUGGUGCACCAACGACUGCAAGAGAUACUAAAACGGCAUCCAAAGCACUCAAAGCCACCCGUUUCACUGGUGGGUCAGAUACUGUGGCGAGAAUUUUAUUAUACGGUUGCUGCGGCUGAAUCCAAUUUCGAUCGCAUGCUGGGAAACAUUUACUGUCUGCAAAUACCCUGGCAAGAGCGGCCCGAUCAUCUGGAUGCAUGGGCCCAUGGGCGUACUGGCUAUCCCUUUAUCGAUGCCAUUAUGCGACAGCUGCGCCAAGAAGGCUGGAUCCAUCACUUGGCACGUCACGCAGUCGCUUGUUUCUUGACGCGUGGAGAUUUGUGGAUUAGCUGGGAGGAUGGUCAACGCGUCUUUGAGCAGCUGCUGCUUGAUCAGGACUGGGCACUGAAUGCAGGCAAUUGGAUGUGGCUUUCGGCCUCCGCGUUCUUUCAUCAAUAUUUUCGUGUGUACAGCCCCGUUGCGUUCGGAAAGAAAACUGAUCGCACAGGCGCCUACAUAAGGAAAUACGUGCCUGAACUGGCUAAAUACCCAGCAGCCUGUAUUUAUGAACCAUGGAAGGCAACUCUUGCGGACCAGCGGGAUUUUGGUUGUGUGCUGGGCGUAGAUUAUCCGCAUCGAAUUGUCAAUCACGACAUCGUGCACAAGGAGAACAUAAAACGCAUGAGCGCCGCCUACAAAGUAAAUCGUGAAAUGCGAACGGGCAAAACGGAAGAUGAAAUAGACAGCGAUUCGUCGUUGCCAAUGACUACUGGAAAGCGCAAGGCAAGCUUCGAAACUAAAAGAUCAAAUAUCAAACGAAAACGAUAAAUUGAAAUUACAAUCAAAUCUCGGAUGUUGAAACUAUUACGGAACUAUUUUUAUACUUUGUAUAUGGAAACUAAUUAGGAAUGGUUAAAUUUAUAUACUCAUUCACGAACUGAAAUAGUUUUGUGCAAUGUCCGUCCGUCUUUCUGUGUGAAGGCAAACCAUUUCGCUGUUCUCGAAGACAGAGACUUAAAAUUUGUAUGUUUAAUCGUGAGUGCAACAACCAUUUAAAAGAUAGAGAUUAUAUAUCUAUAUCUACGGGGUAAAAGUCAAAAAUGUGUGUAUAUUAAAGCUUGAGAGCUCGAUAACUGAGUUAUUGUUGACCUCAUCUUUGGGGAAAUGGCAUAUCGACAAUGCAUUUUCUCUACUUUUUAAGC